AACAUCCUGGAGCCUGGUCCGGUUCCAGCGAUGAGUCCAGCUCAGAGACCGAGCCCAGUUCCAGACCCCAGCCUCGGGCUACUACCAGGUCCAUCUCCCGAAUUCAGACAAGCUCUGACACCCCUUCCACUUCUGAGGCAAGGCCCGCCUCCAGAGCUUGGCUGGAUGCCAAGCCCCGCUCUCCCUGCAGAGUGCAGACCAGCUCUAGAAUACCAUCUAACUCUGGGGCCCAGACCAGUUUCAAGACCUGGGCCAUUUCCAGAGCUCAGUCCAGCUCAGGCAGUCCACCCAGCUCCAGAACUCCGCUCCAUUCUGAGGCGCGGACUGGGUCUGAAACCCCAUCCAGCUGCCAACCACAGUCAGUUCCUGAGAGCCCACUGAGUUCCAGAAUCCAGCUAAACUCUGGAAUCCGGCCUAGCCUUGGGACCCAGACAGAGACAGCAACAGACUUAAGUCCCACAAUUCUGUCUAGCUCUGAAAGCGGACCCAGCUCCAGGACCCAGGCUUGUCUGGGAGCUCAGUCAACCUCUGGGACUCAGCGUACCUCAGAAACGCUAUCAAGCUCUAGAUGCCAGCUGCAGGCCACAGCCCAAGGCAGCUCUGGCGUUGAGCUGGACUUUGGGAAGCAGACCAGCUCUGGAACUCAGCCAAGCUCCAGGAUUCACUCCAGCCCAGAAACCCAGCCCAACUUGGAAACCCAGAGUGAUUCCAGAACACAGCCUGUUUCUGAAACCCAACCCAGCUCUAGAACCCUGAUCAGUUCUGGAACCCAGCUCAGGCCUGAGAUCCAGCCCACUUCAGAGACCCAGCCCAGUGCAGGAUUUCAGCCCAGCUCCAGGAUUCAGCUCAGCCCUGAGACCCAGCCCCACUCUGGAACCCAGAGCAGUUCCAGAACUCAGCCCAGCUCGGGAAUUUACUUUAAUUCCAGAACCCAGCCUGUUUCUGGAACCCAGUUCAGCUCUAGAACCCAGACCAGUUUUGGAAGCCAGCUAAGCUCCAAGAUGCAGCCCAGCUUUGGGACCCAGAGCAGCUCAAGAAUUCAACCCAGCUCUGAAGCCCAGCUCAGCUCCAGAACUCUGUCUAGCCCUGAGACCCUGCUCAAAUCUGAGACCCAGCUCGGUCGCGGGAUUGAGUUCAGCUCAGAGACACAGCCCAUCUCUGGAAGCCAGCUCAGGUCAAGAAUGUUGCCCAGCUCUGGAAUUCACCUCAGUUCUGGAAUCCAGCCUCUUUCUGGAACUCAACCCAGCUCCAGAACCCAGAGUAGUUCUGGAACCCAGGCCAGCUCUGGGACCCAGAGCAGCACAAGAAAUCAACCCAGCUGUGGAGCCCCGCUCAGCUUGAGAACGAAGUUUUCCUCUGAGACUUGGCUCAGCUCUGAGAUUCAGCUCAACUCUGAAACCCAACCCAGCUCCAGAACCCUGAUCAGUUCUGGAACCCAGCUCAGUCCUGAGACCCGGUCCACCUCAGAGACCCAGCCUAGGGCAAGAAUUCAGCUCGGCCCUGAGACCCAGCCCCACUCUGGAACCCAGAGCAGUACAAGAACUCAGCCCAGCUCUGGAACUUACCUUAGUUCCAGAAUCCAGCCUGUUUCUGGAGCCCAGUCCAGCUCCAGAAUCCAGACCAGCUCAAAGAUCCAGCUCAGCUCUAGAAAUGGACUCCACCUACAGACCUCUAGCCUUGACCCUAGAGCCCAGGCUGAUCUCACUCCCCCAGCCCAACAUCAGCCCCCAGGCUCACCGCCCAGAGUCCUGACUCUGGCCCCUAGCAUAGUUGCUCAGCCCCAGCCCCAGCCCCAUGAUCUGGUACAUGGAACGCAGGCCAACAGCGGCCUGGGCCGAAGCCUACCAACUUUCCACCUGGCCCCACAGCCACAGAUCCCCUCAGCCCCCCAGAAACCAGCCCUCUUCCCCAAGCCCCAGCUAGGACCCCAGAAGUCCACCCCACCCACCAUAUCUAUCGUCUCUAGUUUGGCUCCCAGGGCGGCCCUUCUGCACUCCCAGCCCCCUGAGUCCCUAGCCCAGAAGCCUGUCCCCUCCCUGACACUCAAGGAGUCAAGGCCUGCUCCUUGGGGGUCAGAGCCCCUCCCCCACCAUGGGGAGCUGUAGCUUGAGGGCAACACAGUUUUGGCUCCCAUAAUCCCCCCACAAUCCUGUCUCCUGUCCCUCCCAGCUGGGUCCCCUGGAGGCAGCAGGUGACCUCAUUCCCCCAGCAUGUAGGUGUUGGGGGAGGAGGGAGAGUGGAAAUGGGGACUUUAGUUUCACUUGGGCCUGGCUCUGGGCGGUGUAAGCAGAUCCCAAGUCUGUGGAGUGGAAAGCUGGGUGUGCGUGCGUGGGGGGGGCAUGUGGUCAGGAGGCAGAGAAAUGGGGAGCAGGGGGCAAUUUUGUCCUCAUGUACCUUGAGGGCUCAUAGGGAAUAAAGGCACCUCUCCCACCCCU